AUGGUGUCGUCACGUGGUCGUGGUCACGUAUUGGUUGCCUGCAGUUUGUCAGAGAUCAGCUGUGCUGCUCUGGUCUCAGCUCUGAAUUCCAACCCUUCCCAUCUGAGAGAGCUGAACCUGAGUAACAACGGGAAGCUGAAAGAUUCAGGAGUGAAGCUGCUUUGUGGUUUUCUGGAAAGUCCAAACUGUAGACUGGAGACUCUGAGACUGUAUAACUGCGGUUUGUCAGAGAUCAGCUGUGCUCCUCUAGCCGCAGCUCUGAAGUCCAACCCCUCCCAUCUAAGAGAGCUGGACCUCAUGGACAACAACCUGAAGGAGGCAGAUGUGAAGCAGCUGUGUGAUCUGAAGGAGAGUCCAGAUUGUAGACUGGAUACUUUCAGAUGGUAAUAUCUGUUAGACUGAUCAGAAGGAGGAUGUUGAAGAAUCAGCUAAGUCCUGAUGAUCCCGAGAGGUUGAAGCAGCAGCAGCACCUCUAACUGGGCCAUGUUACUGGGAGGUAGAGUGGAGAGACUCUGGGUGUUUCACAAUCCCAAAAAUGUAAAGAACAGAAUUGUGUUUUUGGGGAAAACGUUCUUGUUAGUCGCCAUCACAAGAUGAUGAGCACACAGAACGCUGUAGACAGUUUGAGACGAUGCCUUCUUGCUGAUAUUGCGUAAUAACCCAGCACAGAGGCCGCCUGCAGAGCUCCAAAAUAAUAAUAAAAAAAAAAAAAGAAAAAAGAAAAAAGAAGUCUGAUUGAGAAAGGCUCUCUGACUUUGACACGUGGAUUAUAGCUUUGGAAAUAAACGUGUCAUGUACUGAAAUAAAGCAGUUUUGUGACAUGAUUAUGUCUGUUUGGCUUUUGGGAAAAUAAGUUAAAACAACAACAGCAGUCAGUGUAAAAUGAUUUGACAGUAUUUAUUGUUUAUUUCCAUAUACAAAAAGAUAUAACUGAAAUAACCCUUCUUUUUCUACAGUGUUUUUUGUUUCUAGUUGAACAGAUUGGGUGUGUGGCGUCUCUGC